CCCAUACCCCAUACCGGAUAGCCCGGCGUAGCGUGCACUCGCCCACUUAACCCUCCCACCCACCAAGCCAUCUACACUUUUACCACGUCAACCUUCAGCCAUCAUCAGGUCAGCCUGGCUACCUGUGCCAGCAGUUCACCCAGUCGUAGUCGGAUUGUCUACUUACUCACAGCAUCGGCCCAUCUCGCUGCAUCACUUCAUCGCCUCAUCUUACCUGCCGCCCGCCAAAAUGCCUACUACCUACAGUGUGACCCAUGCCCGGCACGUGCUACAUCCAAGCUGGUCGUCAAUGCUCGUCAUGCCGAACGAUCUACUGCGAGAGUGAUUGCGCGAUGCUACGGGUCCCAUGCCCAUCACCAAGACGACUUUAGGGAAUCGUCGUAGCCGAGGCAGUCUGGACAGUCUCUAUCCGACUUAACGCUCCCCUACCCUCUUAAUCGCGCCGAUCUAGUAGCCAUGGACCGCGUACUAAAGUCAUACGAUUUCGAGGUCUGCUAUGACGCGACAGUCGUUCACAAGCCCCAUGCUCCAGAACUUCUCGACGGAAAAGCAACAGACCGCAAGUUCCACGCCCUCGGUUCCGCCCUAGAGUCGAGCAUCCAAAACAAGCCACUCAUGCUCGGUCGUUUGUUCGCUGCUGCCAUGAGUCAACAAGUCGCGCUUAAGACUAUGUGGGAACUGGCACCUCGACGCCCGUCGCCAAACUCUGGUGAGCCUCUGGUCGAGAGCAUCAUGGAACCACUGACGGUUCGUAUCGAUGGUCUAGAUCUAACAAAACCGGCUACCUGGUGGGCCGAGACGGACGAUCCUCGCGACGAAUGGAUCCAGAGGUUCAACGGAAACGUGGCCGACGUUCUGGUCCCGGUAAUUCAAGCGUGCAAGGUUGGAAGCCAAAGGAUUAAGCAGGAUCAUGGUCAAAAUCUAUGCCACGCUUGUCGCUUGCAGGGAACCCACUGGAUGAGAGACAUAGAAAGCAUGGGAAGAGCUGUGCUAUUCUACCUAUAUGCAAGGCAACCGGGAUUCCAGCAACUUGGGGCUUCCGUAAAAUUUUAUAGGUCAAUUAAUACAUGCUCACUUAACCCCGUUGAUUGCAUAUUCUACUGAUUCUGAACUGCAACUUUGGUUCGUAGGUAGUGCAACAAUGUGUUAGAGGGUGCAUAUGAGAAGGAAACGACUAUUUAUCUUUUGCUGUCAUAGACUUGUUGUAGUAUCUAGAGUAUGAUGGACCGGUAGCGGAUCAUAUGCGUUUGUUUAUGCCAGGGCACCGCUGCCCCAUCACCUGUUGCUGCAUGAUGCGCAUAGUGUCUAGAAAGCGAAGCGGCGUCUGCCUCGAAGGUGUGGAUGGAAGUGUUUGACCGAACCUCUUUUAAAACUUGCAUGUAUAUAGCAUUAUUGAUUGCAUGAGCGUCGCUCGGAUUAAUGAUGACAGUUCCCUCUGGCAGCCACGCGCUAUUAGGACCUAAUUAAGGAGAGGGGCAGAGCUACCUAGGUGUUGAAGAGCCCUGUUGAGGCUCAGUUAUAGGAGCCCGGCAGAGCUUCCCGGAGCCGCCCAUGCUGAGAAACUGCGCUAGUGAUGCCUGGGUGGUAGCCCACAGUUUUCAAGCGUCGACACCACCAGCCACCUGUCAGAAUUGAGGGUUAAUUUAGAUGGAUUACCGCGGGCUAAUACGUCAGGGGGUGAGCAGGGACUGCUCAACCCCUGUGAACCCGC